AUGGUGGGUGGUCUGCUCCAGAGCUUUGCGGUGAAUCUCUAUGUGUUCUCUGUGGGGCGAGUAUUGAGCGGGUUCGGUGUGGGGAUUCUUAGUACUAUGGUCCCGUCGUAUCAGUGUGAGAUUUCUCCCAGUGAAGAGCGAGGCAAGUUAGUUUGUGGUGAGUUCACAGGGAAUAUCACCGGAUAUGCGCUCAGUGUGUGGGUGGACUACUUCUGCUAUUUUAUCCAGGAUGUGGGUGAUGCCAGAAAGAACCCCCAUACUUUUGCUGCCAAUUUAAGUUGGAGGUUACCGCUUUUCGUGCAGGUGGUGAUUGCGUUUGUUUUAUUUAUUGGCGGAUUCUUCAUCGUCGAGAGUCCGCGGUACUUGCUUGAUGAGGAUAUGGACCAGCAGGGAUUCAACGUGUUGUGUCUUUUGUAUGACUCGUCUCUCGAGCACAACAAGCCUGUCAAGGAGUUUUUCCUCAUCAAAAACAGCAUUCUCAACGAGCGAAUCACGAUUCCCAAGUUCGAGAGAAGCUGGAAGAACAUGCUUAAGAACUAUCGGACCCGGGUCUUCAUUGCGUGUUCGGUGUUUGCAUUUGCCCAAUUCAACGGGAUUAACAUCAUCUCUUACUACGCACCUAUGGUGUUUGAAGAGGCCGGUUUCAACAACUCCAGUGCCCUUCUCAUGACUGGCAUCAACGGAAUAGUAUAUUUGUUGUCGACGAUUCCACCGUGGUUCUUGGUCGACAAGUGGGGCCGUAAACCCAUUUUGGUGAGUGGAGGCAUUGCCAUGGGUAUUUGUCUUUAUAUGAUUGCUUGGAUGAUAUGGCUUGACAAGUCAUAUACUCCCAACAUGGUAGCGAUGUUGGUGAUCAUAUACAACGCUGCGUUUGGCUACAGUUGGGGACCCAUAGGGUUCUUGAUUCCACCGGAGGUGUUCCCUUUGGCCAUACGGAGCAAAGGGGUAUCGUUAGCUACUGCUACCAACUGGUUGGCCAACUAUAUAGUGGGACAAAUGACCCCCAUUCUCCAGGACUCAGUCAAGUGGGGGUUAUACUUGUUUCCAGCGACGUCGUGUGUGAUUUCCAUCGUGGUGGUGGUGAUCUUUUACCCUGAAACAAAAGGAGUGGAGUUGGAGGACAUUGACCGGGUGUUUAACGAGUUCUAUAAUACCAAGGGUUCCCAGCCCCAGAUGAACGAGUAUUUUCGGGUUGAUGAGGCCACGGAGAUGGCGGGCGAUGGGUUGGAGCUUGAUGAGCUUGACUACGAAACGGACUUUCAGAGACGGGAUGCCCUCUAA